AUGGAAGAUAAGCAUGGAGAAGAGGACGAGAGCAAGAAGGUGAAAAUGCAUUUGAAGGCAAACGAUCUGGUUAGUUACGACCGAAACAUUUCGGAACAAUAACACGUUACUUUAGUUAUGUGUCAACGGAUGUGGAUUCUACGGCACUCCGCAGUGGCAAAAUCGCUGCUCAAAAUGUUGGAGAGCUCAUCAGAAUGAAGUGAAAAGGAGUCAAGACUUUGCCAAGAAUCGGUGAGCAUUUUUAAUAUCUGAAAACCUGUAAUUAUGAUUAUUCAGAUCGUUGCUGAGCUUUGAUCAAUUCCAAGAAAGGCGGAAAUUGACGACGGAAAGCAAGUCUCGCGGCAUCAAGAGUCUGUUCAAAACGUCUCCGAUUCCCGGUGAGCUCCUGCAAUUCCCUGAAAAACUUUCAAAUUCUCAUUUCCUUCGUCUUCGAAAUAAUUGAAAGCCCUCUCGCUCCGUCUCAAAUUCUCGUUCGCAAAGCCUGCCGGGCAAAUGAAAAAGAUCCGCUUUCGAUUGGGAAUUUCAGAAACCAUUAUUUUUCAGAGGGAGGAACCAGUUCGCCGACAUCCACGUCUCCGUCAGGUACUCCAACCAGGUUGGUUUUCAGAAACGGAUUUCCAGAGAUCUUGCAAUUUCUGAAAAUGGUUGUUGUUGUUGUUUUCGGCCGGAGAGCCAUGGCAGUGACUUCUUGUUAUUUUCGAGUGCACGCAUCCCCUUUCCUCCCCGAGCUGCGUAUAUUUAUCGUCUGUGGCCACCCGAACGACGUCGUCUGCUGUUCUUCUAUACGAAUAGCAGAUGAAGUCGACGUCUGAAAAGAGACGAGUAGCUUCGAACUUUGCACUUUCGGUAUAAUUGAAUAAGAAAUAGAGGCAAUGGGCUCGCAGCUGAGCAGCAAUGCCACGUCGUUGACGCACUUGGUCUGCGUGACCGAAUACGAAAUGAGCUAAUGCUCUAUGUGAGCACUAAUCCAUCUGAGAACUACAUUGAAAGGACAGGUUCGGAUGAGAGGAGGAAGUGUACGAUUAUCGGGAAGUAGUUGUAGUCUUCGGGAGCUCGCCAUGAAUUCUGAAUAUCUGACUAAUAUGAAUCUUCUCACCUUGUAGGUGAGUCGAGUGAAUCAUUCGUUCGCCUUUUCGAGCAAAAACGCUCUUCUUGCGACACGUCUUCAUACGUCGUCUCCAUUUUGUUUUCGUCACUCUCUUCUUCUUCACUUAAUUCGGCGAAAUCAAAAAACAAGAAAAUCUAUGCGGAAACACACUCGGUCGAACGGAUAUUCCCAUGUUUUCCCUUUUCGCCAAACUCUGGUGUGCUUUAGUUCGAAAGUGCACCGAAAAGAGAGUGAGUCAUUCUGGAAUCCGCGUGACACGACAAAAAAAGGAAGCGAGCACUUUGGGAAAGAAAAUACGACAAACGAGCAGCUCGGGGCAGGCAGGGGACUAGAAUUUGCAUGGGAAUAUACGCAUAAUUGAGAAGGGAAUGCGUUUCUUCGCGGAAAAAGAGAGAAUAUUCUCAGGCGAGCUUUAGCAUGGGAAAUGAACUCCUGAACUCGAAUUAUUCAAACCGUAAUUACUAUUUUCAGACGAAGAGAUCUCUCGCCAGACUCACAAGAAGCCCGUCAACAGUUGAGCGACUUCCUCGUCGCCAACUUGCCAACUGCAAUGACCCAGGAAAUUGCUAAAUCCGUGAAGAAUGCAGUUAACAAAAUUAGCGAUAUACGACUGACGCCGGAUGACAUGUCCGAACUGGUGAUGAGCUAUUAUCAAUAUCUGGGAGAUCGCAUCGGAGCACACGCGAUAUUCAAUUCGCCGGACUGCAAAGUGAAAGUGGAAGACGUGAUGGAUCGAGUGGAGAAGUACAUCUCGACGUGCUGUUACUCAGUUUUCUUCUGUGCCAGCCACGAAGAGGAAGUUGCCGAUGUCUCUCUCCAGGAUAGAAUCCGUUCGUUGCAUUGGGUCACUGCUGGAUUCCUGGAGACGAAGCUCGUGUUCAAGAAACAAGCAGUUCGGGAUCGCAUCGAUGAGGCCAUUUCUGAGCUGAUCGAGAUCAAUGCGAAGAAGUCGGCUUUCGAAAAGCUCGAGUGUCUGACUCGAUCCUGUAAAGCCAUCUUUGAAGCCUUGAGAGAGAGUGGUACGUGCUUCCGGGGUUUAUCAUUUCUCGUAAUCACCUGCUCCCAUUUUCCAGACGCACCUACAUCGGCCGACGAAUUCCUUCCCACUCUCAUCUACAUUCUUUUCCGUGGCAACCCUCCCCUCAUCCAAUCGAACGUCAAGUUCAUCUCCCGAUAUGCCAUUCCAGCACGGUUAAUGAGCGGAGAGGCCGCCUAUUUUUUCACCAAUCUCUCUUGUGCUCUUCAAUUCGCCCAGAACAUGAACCACGAGAGUCUCCAAAUGGAAAAGACUGAAUUUGAAGCAUACACUUCCGGGCACUUGGCUCCGCCCCUUUCUGUCAUCAAUUCGGCUUGUAAUCAGGCGAUGUAUGUGUUGGAAGGAACGAUUGAAACGAUUGCGACUGUGGCAGAAAAGGCAAAAAGUCUGGCAAUGAGCUUGACGAGUACGCACACAAGGGCGGACGAGUCAGUGAACAUAAAAAGAGAACAAAACGAGAAUAAAUCUUUGCAGCGAUCUCGCGAAAAUGCUCGUCAUAAUCAAAGAAACGGUCAACUUCUACCCGACUGACACCUAUCGCGACAUGAAGGAUUCUGUAAGCGUUUUCGUUAUUUCAAUUUUCGUGUUCACGACGCAGAUCUAAAAUAACCACCAAACUGACUCCUCUAGCGUUUUAUGCAAAAGCAAGAUUCCAGAUAUUUGCCGAGGAGAAGGAGACUGCUGACAUGCUGGUUUCCCUGUCCCGCCAGUCAUCCGAUUCUGGACGAGGGACCCUCUCGUCUUCCGCCGACACUCAGCCACCGACCCCUCAGCCUCAGUUGGACACAGAAUCUCCUCUCGUCGUUGCACUCAACAACGAACAGUCCGUUCCUCUCGGUUCCCCUCCCUCUUCCGACUAA